UUUGUUUGGAUGUUACUGAUUAAACACAGGAGGGGGAGCUUCUCUUUUGGAUAAUGGACGAUAGCAUGUGAAACGCCGGCUUGUGCACACAGCGGGAAAAGGUGUGGUUACGCCUGUUGAUUACUUGGAGGAAUGGAGCGAACAUGAGACAGAGUGGGAAACAGGGAGUGGAGGGACAGAGCGCUGAAGGAAUCUCCGGGAAUCUUAAGGUGUGACAGUAUCCCAGCCCAGGCCGUGUGAACAGUUUCAGUAUGAGUAAUAAUGAGGGAAUAGCUCCGGUCUACGUCAACAGAGGGUUCCAGCAUGACGAAAGAAGACCCCCCCCAUACAGCCCACAGAAUGCGAUGUACCCUGCCCUCCCACAAGAGACCCCCACCUAUGUUGCCACAACUUUUGGACCCUCCAUCAACACCCACCACACCGUGCCACCUGAAAUGAUUCAUAACACAGGACAAAGGAUAGGGCCAAAGAGAUGUAACAGCAGACUUAUCCUCAGUGGGUGUCUGUGUGUGCUUCUCGUCAUGGCAGUGGUCGGCAUCUUGCUCUGGUACUUCUUAUACUACCAGUGUUUGCUGGGGAAGUCAUGCAGAAGCGGUGGGAAGUGUCUGAGCUCGUCGCAGUGGUGCGAUGGUGCCACGGACUGUCCACACGGAGAGGAUGAAUCUCAGUGCUUUCGUCUUCAUGGGACCAACUUCAUACUGGAGAGUUACUCAACAGGCAACAAGAUGUGGAUGCCCGUGUGCGCUGAGAAGUGGAACAACGACUAUGGGAAGACUGUCUGCGAGCAGAUGGGCUACAUGAGGAAGGAUUAUGUGACCUCAAGCCAAACCAGUGCAGGUUCUUUGGCCUCUAAAGGAUACAUGAAGCUGAAGCCUGAGAGUACCUAUAAAUCAAAUAUACAAUCACAGCUCAUUCACAGCCAAAGUUGCUCCACCAGUGCCAUCAAACUUAAUUGUAUAGCAUGUGGAGUGAGCUCAGCAGCCCCCAGUACUCGUAUCGUAGGUGGUACGGAGGCUGUGAAUGGAGCGUGGCCGUGGCAGGUCAGUCUCCAGUUUAAUGGUCAUCACGCCUGUGGAGGUUCCAUCAUCAGCCCUAACUGGAUCGUGUCUGCUGCACACUGCUUCCAAGACGUGUACUCCAAUGCUGGCAGCUGGAGGGUUUACUCUGGUGACGUGAACCUGAAUAGAAUGAGCUAUGGCUUUGGGAACACUGUUGACAAAAUCAUUAAUCAUGAAGAUUACAACGCAGACACUCAUGACAAUGACAUCGCCCUACUAAAGCUCAACACACCUCUGACUUUUACAAGCAGAGUGAAGCCAGUGUGUCUCCCCAACUUUGGACUGAAUAUCUCCCCUGAACGUCAAGCCUGGAUCACAGGAUGGGGAACAUUGAGCUCGUCUGGAUCCUCCCCUAAUAUACUAAACCAGGCCCAGAUCACCAUUUACAGCAGAGAGACCUGUAACGUUCCUCAGGUGUUAGAUGGACAAGUGACUCAGACCAUGAUCUGUGCUGGGAAACUGCAGGGAGGAGUCGACUCUUGUCAGGGUGACAGUGGAGGACCUAUGGUGGUAAAAGAGGGAAAUGUAUGGUGGCUGGCGGGGGACACUAGCUGGGGGUAUGGAUGUGCUUGGAGGAACAGGCCAGGAGUCUAUGGCAACGUAACCUACUUCACCAACUGGGUACAUGGAGAAAUGCAGCAGGAAAACUGAUGGAAACAUCAACAAACAUGAAGAAAUACCUCUUUGAUUAAUCGGUGGUACUCACACACUUUGCACUUUCAAUCCAAAGGAAGAAAGGUUUACACCCAAAAACAACCUGAUCAUUCAAUUAUUUUUCUAUAGCAGUCAUGACUACAGAUUUAAUCUUUGUAUUAGAACCAAAUCAGGCUAUUUUGUAUUAAUAAAACAAAGUUCACACAAAAUUCUAAAUGUCUGUUUGACAUUGUGUCAGAGCAGACAUGUGCCUGCUGUCCCCUGCUCAGUUAAGUAACUGUGAAGCAAUGCUGCUGCUGUUAAUGUGACUAUAAGAGCAGAUCCCAGGGCUCCACACUACUGCAUCAGAUCCACCUGUUGGCUCUCACCUCAGUACAGUAGAGCACAGUCCAGUACUGUACACUACAGUACCUAAUAAUAAUAAUACAUCUUAUUUAUAGGCAACUUUCACAGCACUCAAGGUCACCUUACAAGGCAGAGAUAAAAAAAGUACAGUGCAGUACAGUGCAAUAAUAAAAAUACAACAAUAUAGUAUAUGUAGUAUAAUACAGUGUAGAGCAGUGCAGUAGAGGAUAGGUUAGCCCAGUAUCUAGAGAGAUCUGGAGACAUUCUUGGCAGAAAGUACAGUGUAGUGCUGUACAGUGUAGUACAGUGUGUGAGAAGAAGAACAGUAAGGUUAGAAUUGCAGAGUGCACUGAUUCAAUCAUUCAAGAGGUCAGAGAGGAAUGGUCCCACUGGUUGGACAGGAAAUCUAUGGUAACUCAUAUGACCUCUCUUUACAACUGUGGUGAGCAGAAAAUAACAGCUGAUUGGCAACUUUAUCACCAUAUUGCUCAUAAUUAUAUUGAGAUCAGAUACAUAUGCCAUGUACACAGCACUUUUCUGCAAACUGUUAAUAUCCAACUCAGGCAAAUAUUCAUACUCUGAUAUAGUUGAAAGGAGUUAUGUUACCGUAUGGAACCUUAAUGUCACUGACCUCAAAUUACUUGUUUUGAUCUAAAAAUCGUUAUCCAGAUAUACGCUAAAUUUCACCUGUUCAAAAAGAAAUGACAAAAAUACUCAUAUACAUAAUCUCACAAUUGUAAACAAGAUGUUCCAAUUAUCCCUCCAGAAGUUAAUGGUUACUCUUUGGCCCACACUCUUCCACCAAGUUUGAAGGAAAUCAGUUCAGUAGUUGUUGUGCAAUCCUGCUGACAAAGAUAUCUAGACAAACAACAAUGAAACCAUGUGGCGGAGGUAAUGCUGAACCUUGAGGUGGAUGGUUCUACAACAGCAGAAACCACGUCAGGUUCACAUCUGUCAAAGAAAGAACCGAAACUUAAAGCUGCAGUGACACAGACUCACCAACAUUUGACAUUUGAAGACUGAAAAAUGUGGUUUGGUCUGAUGGAUGUGGAUUUCUGCUGAGGGUGCAGAUGUAUGGCACAGAGUUUUGUGUUAUCAGCAUAUUUGUUUUGGCGUACACUUUAUUCUCAAAUGCUUUGUUCUCACCGGCCUGAAUGGAUCAACCUGAAGGAGUAAUAAAAGCGGAACAUGUUCAGGAAAAGUCUGAUUGAAAUAAAUGUUACAAACAC